GUCGCAUCCCCUGCCUUUCUGUCCACCCGGCCCCACCACCGGGACCGGCGGCAGCAGGGUGCCAAACCUCCCCCAACAGCCCGCGCUGAGGACGCAGCCAUGCCGAGAUAUGCCACUCAUGAGCCGGACUGCCGCUUCAUCCUAUCUGUCCAUCGCGCUUCACAGAGGAGGAGGAGGUUGCCAUGAGAUUUCCCACCGGCCUUCCUCGUUGGCACCUGGCUGUGAGAACAGAGGGGAUAAAAGACGACGGAUAAUGACGUGAUGGUUCCGGUUGUUGCGCGAGCACAGGGGGGCUCCGGGCGUCUUUAGUGACCGGAGCUGGAAAGGAAAUCACCAGACUUUAUUGUGUGUGGAUCUGCAUACGAUUCCUGGACCGAACGCAGUAAUUAAAGAGACAAACGGGCUCUCAAACAGGUUGCUGAGAUUUCCCUCAGUCUGAAAGGGGGCUUUGCUGCACAGUCGAGGAUGAUAUCCCCCAGAUGGUGACUUCUGCAGGUGUUGCAGUGAGAAGAAGUUUUGAGAGAAACCCUCAACAGGCCUGUCAUGGUUUCCAACCUGCACUCACUCCUCUGUCUCUGCAUCUCCUGCUGUCUUCUAAUGGUUUGAUGGAGAACUGGUCGAAUGUCAGCGGGAACUAUCGUUAUAUCCGGAGGAAUUCUCGCCGGAGUGAUACUGCUGUGCAUUGUAGCAGUGCUCUGUUACUGUAGACUCCAGUAUUACUGCUGUAAGAAGAAUGGUUCUGAGGCAGACGUGGGCCCUGCGGCGGGACCGGACCCUCUUUCUCACUUCCCCUGCAAUGCCUGCAAUAUCCUGGCUAUGGAUGGUGCUGCUAUCACACCUGUCUCUCUGGAUCAGCUGGACACAGGUUCUCACCACAACCACUGCCCCACGUGUUCCCCAUACUCCGUCCGCUCUGGAAUCUCAAACGACAUGCGUAACGGAGGGGAGCGGCUCGGCUUCCACACCUACUAUGAGAACCCGUCCGUCUGUCUCCCCCUGUCUGUCACUCCACAGGGAUCCCCCCAUCUGAGCCACUUCAGCCACAAGGGCAUGUUUCCUCCUCCACCACGCCCCUACAGCACCCAGGUCUGACCUCUGCUGCACAAUAAACACACACACACACACACACACACACACACACACACACACACACACACACACACACACACACACACACACACACACACACACACACACAUCCUUUGUUUGGGACUAAAUUGAGGAGGAUUACAAAACAGCACAAUAACACAGUUGCCUACAUUGGUGUACAUCCACAGAUCUACAGCAGAAUUCAGGCUCUUUCAUCCAGUGGAGUGGCCCAUACACAGUGCCCACUGACUGAGUCUCUGUGUGGGCGACUAAUCCUUGGACUAAGCCCAUGGAGCUCUGCA